CUUUCCGCGAUCAAGUCUCAGAGCUUUCACCGGUCAAGUUCCUUCUCUUUCGCUAUCCAGCCCUCCGAGUCAAGUAAGUUCCCCCUUCCUUCUCUUUUUUCUUUCCCGGCCAUGUCUUCGUUUAGCGAUAGGAUCUCGUCCUCAGAGGACUGCUCCUCUGAGGACUCCAACUCAUCUUCCUCGACCGGGUCUUCUUCUCCUGAAUCCAUGCCCGUUCAGGUUCCCAACUCUAUUCCCGACCCGCGUCCCGUUAACCAGGUGCCCGGUGAAACUUUCGUGGGGAGGGAUGACCCGGUCGAUGACGAACCGGGCCCCUAUGACCCUGAACACGAAACCCGGGAUGCGUGGGAGGAGCGGCUUCAUGCUGCCGGUUACUUCCCGCUUCCCACUUUCUACGUCCUUGACAUCCCCUCCCACGUGUCCAAAAUCGCCUUGAAUAAAAUUCGUAGAAGGCUCCCGGAUGGGUAUACUCUUUUGUAUGAACCUAACUGGCCCAACAUUGUUGAACCCCACCGGGAGGAUAGGAUAGGGUUUCAUACGAUCUCCCUGGAUGCGGGCAUUGUUUUUCCCCUUCGCCCCCUCCUUACCGAAGUCUGCCAUGCGUUUAGGAUUUUGCCCGGUCAAAUAACACCUAACGCCCAUCGGUAUCUCCAUUCCUUUGUAAAUAUCUGUACUCAUUUGAAAAUCUUCCCCUCUUUGCGUCUUUUUUUCUUCUGCUUUGAAGUCCUUCCGGGCGGAUCUGGCUGCGAAGGUUUUGUAUUCUUCAAAGCUCGUACCGGUAGGAAGUUCAUUUCUAAAGUCCCCCAGAGUAACCGGGGAUGGAAGGAAAAGUUUGUUUUCAUCGAGUUUCCCCCCUUCGUUACUCCUUUGGCCGGUCUGAAAUGGAACGACCAUCUCCUCGACCAAGAGUAUGCUGCACCGGCUUCCUCCCCAGACUUGGAAGCGAAUCUCGAGGUCCUUAUGCGUGGGGAUCCUUUCACCGGGAGGAUCUUCCAUUAUGGCAGCUGGGUUUGGAGGGUGGAGUCGGGUGGUGAGGGUACCUCCCAGGCCCAUGAAGCAGCGGGGCGCGGGGUACCCUCCCCGAGCAACACUGCAGAGGCUGAGGGCCAAAACCACCCAGAUAUGGAGUUUGAGGAGUUCGCCAUCCCCGACGACCAACCGGCUGGAGAGACCGGGGGCUCCCAAGCCAACACUGCCAGAACCUUCCCGGUCAAUCCAGAGACCGUGGAAAUCCUUGACGAGGAUGAGCCCCAAGACAACCGGUUCAAGGGGAAGGAGAAGGAGAAGACCGGUCGGCGAACGAAGAAGGUGGCCACCACGCACCCUUCUUAUGCCAAGAAGAGGGUAAGGCCGGAUUCCGAGCCGGCCGGUCAGACCAUCGAAGAAGCCUUCAUCAAUCUGGGGCUGAGGCUGAAGGAGGCUGGGGAGAUUGGGCCGCACACAGUGGACCGGUUGGGGAUGAGUUCCCCUUCCGAAGUCGACCGGCUGAAGAGGGAGAAAGAAGAGAUGGCCCUCAUCUUGAAGAGCCAGGCUGAUGAGCUAAUCAGGCUGUCUGGGCUAGCUGGGGCCAUGAAGACCGAGAUCUCCCAGCUGAAGGAGGAGAAUGGCCGGCUUAUGGAUGAAGCCUCUGAGGCCAAGAGGGAAGCAGCCUAGAAGGAAGAAACCUUCCCCGGGCGCGCAGUCGCCUGGGUUGAAGAGAAGAAGGCCGUUGCUGCCCGGGUGAUGACGGCGACGCCGGAGACCGCGAUGGAGUCCUUCAGGCUUCUGUACCGGGAGCCUGAAGGAAGGAAAAUGAUCACCGCGAUUGGAUCCUUU